AUUUCCCCCCCUGCGAGGCCUGCCGCUAGCGCUACCUAUUGAGGCGCUCGCGAAGCGCAUGCACUCGCGCCGCGUCUGUCAGUGCAGUGCAUUUGUUUUGGUGGUGGGUUGAGACGGGUAGCGGUGAUUCCUGCACCGGCUCAACUGUCAGUCGAACAUUUGAGCAGACAGCACGCGCCUGACGCAGUCCAGCACUUCGGCUCACGGCAGUGCUAGCAACGCCACACAGAUGAAAGUACUCUGGAUUGUUUUAGCCGUUGGGCUUCUUGCCGCAGCGGGCGAAGCGAAGAGGAAAAGGAAAUUUGAGGGCGAUUUCGAGUUCGCCGAAGAGGAUGAAGGGCGCGCCAUCAGCGGAACCGGCGGUCCCAGCAGCAGCGGCAGCAACAGCAACGGCAACGCCAACGCCAACUCUGCUGCCGGCGGAGGGAAGACCGCCGAGAAGAAGCACUGGAUCCACGACCCCAGCAGUGACCUGUGCCGUCCUCUGAACUGCAAGAAGAAGGAGCUGUGUCUUCUUGAAGAUGCAUUCACCGCUGUAUGUGUCAGCAAGAAGGAGCUACACAAGAACGGGGACGUGGUGGUGUCACGGACCCGCGCCCCGCCGCCGGUCAGCUCCGAGGACUCCGAGGACGACGUCUUCUACGACAGCGACGACGAGCCGGAGGACGACGAGGACGGCGCCGAGUCCAUCGCGCGAUGCAACCCGUGCCCUGUUGUGAAGCCGACAUUCCUGUGUGGCACAGACAACCGCACCUACAGCUCCUUGUGCCGUUUGGAUUACCACAACUGCAUCCAUCACACAUCAAUCAGGGUCAGCUGCAAGGGGUUCUGCCCGUGCAAAGAAAGUGACAUUCACAUCCGUAAGAAGCAGCGGCAAACUGAGCGCCUCAACAACUUGAUGAACAAGUUCAAGAUGACAGCAGAGAAAGAGAAGAAGCAGGCCCAGCAACAGCAGCAGCAGCAGCGGCUGCCACAGGACAAGUACACGUUCACCCCAGAAGACUUCAAAUAUGAGAAUAAGCACUACAAGUACAUAAAGUACACCAAGUACAAUAAGGACAGCUACACUGCUACAAAUCCCCCGUAUUCCGAGGAUAAGGAGCGCCAGCGUGGCUACAAUGAAGUCCUUGACACAAAACCCAUGCUGAUUCCAAGCCACACUUCAUCCUGGAACAAGGAAUGUCCACCAUCAGCUCUGCAGGCCAUGGGAAACAGACUGCUUGACUGGUUCUCAGUUGUUAUGACAGAGACUAAGCGCAGGCGUUCUCACAAUAGGAGCAAAGCACAUUUCCCCAGCUCAUGCAAAACAGAGGUUCGAUGGAUGUUCCAACAUCUUGAUUUGGAUGCCGAUGACCAGCUGUCUCUCCAAGAACUUUAUGACCUUGAGCAUGAUCAGAGUGAACGCUGCAUCAAACCAUUCCUAGAUGCUUGUGAUUCUGACCGGGACAUUUUUGUGUCACCCAGGGAAUGGUGUCACUGUUUUGAUAAAACUGAUCGGCCAUGUGCUGCUGUGAAGAGGAGAAUAAGCCCUGAUUUACUCGGAGUUUAUAUACCAGAUUGCGAUGAUGAAGGGUAUUAUCGCUCUACACAGUGUCACACUUCAGUUGGUAUGUGUUGGUGUGUUGAUAAACAUGGAGUUGAGAAGCCAAACACUCGUACAAGAGGAAAGCCCAGCUGUGAACCCCCAGUGCAGCGAAACAAAAGCAGUCCGACAGAGAGUGAAGAUGAUAAUGACGACGAGGAUGAUGACACAGAACAAGAUGUUGAAGGAAGUGCUGACCAGCCACUUGAUUUCUAGACCUGUCCUACUGCACUGAUGACAGGCAAACUCAAUCAUACAUGUAGCACAACACAAAUGUAUAGAAGCAGUUACAUACUUCAAGUGUAUUUAAAACAAUUUUGUGUUAUAAAGAAAAACUAUAUUGUGGUGGUGCCCAUCAUCAUAGAUCUGUCUUGAAGAAUCAUCCUUUUUUUCCAAAAUGAGAGACUGUCCCUCACUCCCCCCUUUAACUGGGACUUGUGCAGCACUACUAUAUAACUUGCUUUAACACACAGUAACGGUACCAAUAAGACUAUGAGAAACUGUUUGUAUUUGCUCAUGAUGUAAUAUAAAAUGAAUAUUUGCUUCUGAAAAUAUCCAUUUUAUAACAGUAACUUGAAAGUAAAACUUAACCAUAGCUCCGAUGAGAAAUUAACACAUUUACACAAAGUACGUAAACAGUAAGCAGGCUUCUGCACAGGGAACUCAGUUGUUUUGUGCCACUGAGUCAGAGUUGUGGGUACUCUGCAAAUGUUUUCAGAGAAACCUUUUUUUGGAAGAAGAAACACACAUAGGAAAUCAUUCACAUUAUGUUAACAAAAAUUAUAAGAAAGCUCUCUAUAUAUGUGUAAAAUUUUCAAGCUUCAAGCAUUGUUGCUCUGAGUAAUGAUUAUGUAAAUGUAUGGUAUACAAUACUGGCAUUUAUUCUAACACAAUUUGUAACUCAUUGUUGUGUGUCUAUAGAUUUGUCUUUGGUAGUCAUAUUGUGAAAGUUUGGGUAAAAGAAUGGAGCAGUGUUUCUUUCUUUGGCUUUUGAUCAGUUCAUGCACAAUACCUAAUACAUGAAAACCAGAACAUGAGGCAAAGGUCUCCACUUUGUUCAAGGAUUACUUUUAAAAACAAGAACUCUUACUUCAUUGUAUACAUUAGUAUCAUAUUUUCUUACCUGUGCUCAGUUCCAAAUAUUUGGGGUAAAAAGUAUUUUCUGUACAUGGUAUUAGGAAAAAGAUGUGAUAAUGAAGACAAACUUUGAUCAUUUAGUUGGAGUUCUUCAUCUAGAAAGGAAGGAUAUGUUACUCCAUUAUAUAACAUUUUUAAACUGUAAUUAUGUUCAAACAUCUUCACUUCUAGUGCAUUUGUCUUAAUAGAGUAGACACAAUUUUUUUUGUUUGUUUAUACUUUAGUUACCUAAAUUUAUAAUAAAUUCUAUUAUUUCAUAGCUUUGAAACAAGUCUUUUCAAAAAGUUGCGUAGGAUGUUUAUACUGUGUAGGUGGCAGUUAGAAUAUGAAGUGUAAGAGAAAACUAUUAUUAUGAAACCUUCAAACAGAAGUGUUUUUAUGUCUUAGAAUAAAUGCUACUUGUUCCAUGUAAAUAACCCUUGAGAGAGUCUGAACUGCUUUUUGUCAAGCCUGAGAAUAUUUCUUUCUGGUAGGUUGCCAUAAUAUUAUAAGACUAGUGUGAGUAGCAACUAAGUUAGACAUCAAAUUAGGUUGAGUAUACUGAAAGUUUAAAUUAUACUAUGUACUCAUUUUUACAUUAAAAACAUUACUCUUUAAUUUUUAUCAAACUGAUGCAUUUACAAAAUUAUUUAUAAGCUGUGAAAGAAUUAUCUGGCAAUAAGUCAUCAAUAUCCAGCAUCUAUUUGUCCAUGCUGAAAUAGAGCUGGCAUUAAUUAACUCAUGUAUAUGUUUUCAAAGAUAACAAUAAAAAGCCUUUAAAACA